AUGCUAAGUUCAAUACCCACAACUAGUUUAAAGACUGUCAGCAUUCCAGGCUCAACAUCUUUCCUCGAUUCCCUGGUGAUACCGAGCCCAGCCCGAUCUUCAUCGGCUGCGCUUCUAGGUGGAGUGACCAGCAUCAAAGCUACCACUGUGACUCCACCAAUCCCGACCUCUACGACCAUACAGUCAGCAACAGUGUCCAGCAGCAGCCCAGCUGUUGGAGCUAUUGCGCCCCCAGGAGGAGCAGGCAGCAACGGUUCUUCUACAUUUACACCGGUGAUCCCAACCUCUAAUCCCAUCCAGCCAGCGAAGACUACGCCGACACAAUCUACAUUACUAUGGUCUCCCACAUCAGGAUCCAAACCAGCGGUGACCGUAACCGAGCCUGUGAUUGUUUAUGUGACCAAAGGAGCAUCGACUCCCUUCUCGACAUGCGUUAUCCGUCAUGCACCCAGCGGCGACAACUCAUCAGUGUCAUCGGCAUAUCCAACGGUAAAACCGUCUGUUGAGCCGAUAACUACAUCUUUGAACUUUGUGACGAUCCAUUCCACUGCAACGUCGGCCAUUCGUGUGCCUGUUUACCCAACAUUAUCAUUACCUGCGUCUUCGUCUUCGGUGUUUGCGUCCUCAACUGUGAGCGCCCCGAGUGUGAGUGCAGCACCUACAGUGUCCGAAAAUGCCAGUGUAAUUUCAGUUGUUCUUAUGACCGCCAGCCCAGCAACACCAUCGCUUCCUUCUUCGUCUUGGUUGUUGUCAUCCCCGAAUGAGGCUGCUCCUGUGGUGACAGCUCACCUGACUUCCACGAUUGUGGUUCCUCUGACAGUUUUCCCGACUACAUCGUUGCCUUCUUCUGUGUCUUCAUUUUUGACGUCCUCAAGUGAGAUUGCUUCUUUAGCGACAUUCCGUCUCACUUCCACUAGUGUCGUUACAAUAACUGUUUACUCGACAACAUCUCCAUCUGAUCCAUUGCUGCAAUCCUUUGGUGAGACUGCUCCACUUGAGACUUCUCCAGUCGUGACAGCCCACAUCACCUCCCCGGAAAUUGUUCAACUGACCUCGUAUGGAUCGACUGCCAUACGAGCAACAGAUUCCACAUCUACCGUGGAUGCCGAUUUCGCCCCCACGACCUCUACGCCAGGUCAAGGCAUACUUAGUGUGAAUCCAGUUACGCCGUCUGGCUUUAUCACGAUCACUGAGACUCAGACGGAGACAACGACGGUAACAGAUCGCAUUACUGAGACUGUUACUGCUACUGUUACUCGGGAUUAA